AUUUUUUGUGAUUUUAUUAUACGAGGAGGGGCUUCCAGUGGGAAAAUGGGCUUCAUUGCUGGCUAUCCCGGGCCCCAGUACAGCCUUGUGGGCAAGGCUAGGUCGACCACCCGCUACGUGGGACAAAGACUAACAUUACAGCCGCACUUGGGCUCUACCAUUGCUAGUAGUAUGUGCAUCGUGAGUAUUCAAAAAUCGCUUCAUACAAUUUGUAUCAGCUAUACAAGGGGUAGUGUUUCUCAAUUUUUUCGUCUUCGUACAUCUUCCCUGACUUAGAUCUUGAGUGAAGGGUUUCGCUCGCUGUUGAUGGACGACCCAACGAAUGUGGGUUGGUUCGGUCGAACUCGGAAUUCCCUAGAGACAACCCAACGAAUGUCACGCUUUCUGUGAAGCAAGUAUGAUUUACUUCCCGGAUAAGCACGUUAAUUUCCGCAGCUUUAAUAUUUGAUGAAAUUUUGUGGAUAAUUCAUGAGUUUUUGUUCACACUCUCCUCUCACCAAUCUUCACUUUUACCUUUUUACGUAUCUGAGUUUGUAUCUAUUGAUGUUUUUGUGACAUCUUUUUUUCCAUCCUUUCGUUAGUCAAGGAAGGUUUUCCGUAUCGAUCUACCCUGAAAUAGAAUCUUUAUCGUGUCUUUCGUUCCUUCGUCUUCGCAUUCGCGCAUUUGAGUACCGAGUUCCUUAUGUUUCUCCGUCGAUAUUCAUUGGAUCCAUCGAGGCUUCGAUUUUUUACCAUUCAGUACUUUUUCGGUUCUACUAACAUGUGUCUUUAAUGAGGAUUAUUGGUAUUCCUUCAUUCUUCGACAAGGUGACGAUAACCUUCUGAUUCAUCUUCAAAAAUGAGUGGCUUUAGUGGGAGCCUUUUGUGAGAAGCGGAGCAGUUGUUGAGAAUGGACAUGUAAUAAGAAGAGGUAGCGGCUUUAUCAAUGACCACUAGGGUCAUUAUAUCUUACAAUUAGAGUCGUGGUAUCCGUGUCGUGUAAAGAACAACGGAUGACAACCUUUCACGACAAGGUAUACACAACUACACACAAAUUGUGAUGGCUUUGCUCUCGUAAAAUCAAGAACCACCAAGGACGAAGACUGUCAGUCGUGACAGACGUACUGGCAGAAGUUGUGAAUUUGCUACGCCAGGGCAUGCGAAUUACACUUACCUGAAGAAGCAACGUUCUUUGGCUUUUUCACUUCUUCUUCUGAGCGUUCACGGCCUAGUAAUCAAAUACUCAUCUAUUCUUCACGCGAGCGUGACGGUUUUUCUGGUGCAACUGUUUGACGACGCGAAAAGGUCUCGUUUUUGGAGCAUGGGAACCACGGUCAAGUUGGCGCUAAGCGCCGUUUUUUUGGCCGCGUCGUUCGUGAAUGGCGACAAUUUCAUGCCGCCUUCGGGAGACAUCACCACUCAGAAGCAGAAUAUCCAGCAGCCUGUAGCGGGAACUACCACAGGGAACAAAGCAAACACAAAUACGGCUGGCACAUCUUCUUCCGUGGACUCGACGGCCACGCCGACCGGUUCGCCCGCCAGCGACGCACCACCAAGCUACACCGGCCCUAAGGGCGCAGUGUCGAAGGCGAAGCUGAGGCAGCUGUUCGAGGAGGGCGUGGGCUCAACGCGACACUACAAUGAAGAAAUACCAGAGGCGGAGGUGGGGGACGAUGCGACCUCACAGAAGGAAAACUACCGCGUCACUGGAUUCCCGUUCGAGGCGAACUUCGAAUUUCCUGGCGGCUACCUGAUAGACUACGUUCUCCGAGCGCAGAAAAACCACUGGGCGCUAUACAAAGGCCACGUCUUCGGUAUUGAAUAAAGGAACUACUCGUUACGGUAUCUAUUGUUCUUGUCAAUAUAGAAUAAGAAACUUGCUAUGUGGAAUUUGGGUGUCAUGACAAAGAUUGCUUCCACAAGAGCUUUCGAAACAUGAACCGUAUCGCAUGGGGAGGUAGCAACCUUCAAAAUAGAGUUGUAAUGGAAAAAUUGCUAUAAUUAUGUGAUUCCCGCACCUAGGACUCUUACUAAUAUUUCGUUCUUCCCAUAAAUGUCUCAAAACAAAACUGCUGUAUCAAUCACAAGGUACGACGGAUUAUUGGGACUUGUGCAUCGUGCAUGUUGUACGUGAGGAUGCGGGAAAGUCGCCCGAUGUGGUACUUCCUUACAAUCUUGUCAGGGGGAUGUAAGAAAAGAACUUUUAUUUACAACAACAAUCGCUCUAUUCCAUAGGCAGUAGCGGACUUGCAACUACAUUCGGAAGUGAUUCUGAAUCAUCAUUUUAUCCGUACGACUUUGUUUCACCAUCUACGUCGAGUACUUUUAAAUAUGAUAAAUCUUAAUCUGGAUUUUCUCCACGACAAAACGACAGACGUGUGAUGUUCUGGCGCCAAUAGUGUCAAAGGAUUUGGUCGAGCAUUCUUCUGAUUGGUACCCGGAUGAAGCUCCUUACUGCGUGCCACUUGCGGAACAAGAGUAUGCGCUUUAUAAGGGCGUUCACUACCGAUAUUCUGCGUGGCAAUUCCACUCGCGGAUGCCCCGAUUUCAGCCGAGCUUCCGACCUCGCGAGACCUUCGCGUCAAGCCAGCUGCCGGGAAUGUAUUACCUUAUGCUUGGAGAUUUACCUUUCCCAGCACAAGCACAACAUUUAUAGGUUCUACUAAGGGUAUAGGUAUUCAUUGUACUAGAGGCAAAAUCUAUAUUAAUCAUGGAAAAAUAAUGAUCUCUUCUUGAUACUCAACACAGCCGCUACCAAUUCGAGAAAUUUCUUGGUCGUGGAACAUACGGUGAGGCCUAUCUGGGCAUCCGUUUGACGGACUCGCGACCGAUCGUGAUCAAAGUUCUGAGUGCGAACCCGAAGCACGAAGCCAAACUCAAGGGAAGCAGAGUUGUCUUCGACAAACCAAAGAACCUCCUACCUGGGAGCACGCGGAGUGAGCGGGAUGCUUGCAACCUUGCGCAAGAGCUCUAUGCUCAGGUCUCAGACCGCUCGAAGUCCAGAUUCGUCGGCUGCAUAGAGGGCGACGGAUGGAUUCAACACAAGUACACGAAGCUAAUUGUCAGCUAUGGUUCAUCUUCAAUCUAUCACCCAUGAAUUUCUCUUACGAUGGAUCGCUAAAAAAGUUUUGUGCCAAUUCUUGUUUGUCUAAAACGCUGAAGAUGAAACGCAUUUCUAGGUCUGGCGUGGAGUUGAUGUAUGCGAUUUGGGAGUACGGCGGGAGUUCUAUCGAGCAGGAGCCACCUCGGACGCUUGCCGAUGCCCUCGUCAUCAUGAAGAGUGUGCUUGAGGGCAUCCACGUGAUGGUGAUGAAGGGUGAUAUCGUACAUCGCGACAUUAAGAUUCCUAACAUCGUGUGGGAUUCGAACAAGGUGGUGCGAUUGAUCGAUUAUUCGCUUUCGCGACGCAUGCAUUCGGAGGAGGAUAAUGGGAACCACUGCUACCACACGCAGAGGUACAAUCGUACGAGGAUCGUCCUGGACUCUUUGGAUCAGAAAUUCAAGGCCGCAAAGCAGCAGUGGCCGAAAAGUUGGGGCGACACCAUUUCCACUUGGCCAGACUACGAGAAGGUACUACAACCUUUUCUUGUGAUAGAUAGUUACCUUUUUGUUCUUGUUGCUGUUGGUUCUUAAUAACACAACAAAGUCAAAGAUGAAAUAAUUGAACUGUUGGGUUUCUUCGAUAUCUUGAAAACUACAUCAACAUUCUCAUACGAUGUUGAAGAUUUUUUUCCCUUCCUCUCACGGUCCUAUUAUACUUGUCAUUGUCUUAAAUCCCGAAUAUUCACUAUCCUCACAGACCCGAGACCUCUUGUGUGACCAGGAGAAGUACGCUCCGUCACUAGAGAAGCAAGUGGAGCUAGGAACGGGGGACCAGCAUUGCCGCAUCAAGGUACGACAGCCCCGACUCUUCACCGGGGAAAAGCCGCACUUGACAAAGUCGGUCGAGGAUAAAAUCAUGGGCAGGUAUGGCGACAACACAGCACAGCUUUUGGUGGAUUUCCGAUGGGGCCUCUGGUGCGAAGAAUACGGGUACAACUUACAUUUACAUGGUAAGUAGAGCAGACAUGAUUUUUCGACCAAGUAAGACGAACUUACAUUUACUUAAUACAGGCAUGAUUUUUGGCCCAAGUCAGGUAUGUCGUGGAGCAUUUCGGGAGGUAUUUUGCUAUCCACGAAUUUGAUGAGUGGGCUGAGAGUGACGACGAUUUGCCGGCGCUCUCUAGUGGGAAGCUCGUCACGGUCAUAUCCGAGGACCGAGUGCAGGCGGAAGAAACCUACAAGAAGGUGGAAGCACGAAAAACAGAGGCCAAUUGUCUGAACGGACUGAACUAUUGGUUCGACGAUUGGGCUCACAAAGACACUCUCGCUGCGAUGGCCAAGAAAAAGGUGCCAGAAACGGACGUGCAAGGGUAUACUCGAUGUUGUUCUUGCGACCUCCUCCACUAGAUGAACAUCAAGCUAGUAUUGAUUUAUACCUAGUAAAAAUUUCAACAUUUUAUUGCUUUGCAGAACAAUGUAUGGAAUAGGAAUUAUUCUUCUCCCCUUCAUCUGCUAAAUCAAAGGUACAUGACUGCGAUGGUGGAGGUGCAGGAGCAGGUGCGUAAGAAACACAACCACUGUAUUUCGUGGACUGCCGAGUCAGCGCCUCAGGAGGUGAAACGCUACAUGAUAGAAUUUUCCAAGGACGAUCCGCGAGCCUUCGAUAUCCACUCACUUGGGGUGGUUAUGAGCCAUCUGCUGCGCGACUACUUCGAGGAACAGCACGAUCAUCCAUUGUACCAAUUAUGUACUGUCUGUAGGUCCUUGAAUUUUGCUUUUUUUUGCUGUGGACAGGAUCAAGUUUUUCAUCUCAACAUCUGUGCAAUAGUUCUUUCGACUCUCUAAGGUCAACAAGGUUAUUGAUGUCUGUCAAGCUUAUACUACGUAGGUAUUUUGUUCACGCAGUCUUUUACUUUCUACUUGGCUUCUUUGAUCGACGUUUUUACGAAAGUGUUUGAUCAUUGGCCAAGUGAAGUUCUUUUUCUUGAACUGAAAUCGUAAUCUCAUCUCAGCUUCGAGCUUAUUUCGAGCAUGAUCGAGAAGAUGACGAAUCCAGUGGUCAGUGAGCGUUUGUCGGCGUCAGAGGCUCUGCGACUGCUAGACUUCGUCGAUACGUUCUAUGACGGUCGCGACCGCGGCUUGCAGGGACGUGCCCUCAUCGAAAGCCUCAAGCAGAAGGGGCAUCAAGGCCUCUAA